UCCACCACUCUUGCACAAGCCGGCACUGGGUGUUUUAGAAAGUGUCAGGGAGCGACAGAACAGAGAGAGAGAGAGGAGGUUAGUGACAUUCACCCAGGUUUAUGUGUUUAAUGUAAAAAAGGAGGAAGAGAGAAGUCAUCUUUGGGAGAUAAACGUUACUCAGUGUGGAAAAGAAGAGGAUUAAAAACAAUCUCAGUCAGAGUUUCACCCUGUCGGAGCAACAAUGACAUCACAUGUGAAGCUGAGAAAAGAGAGAGCUGGAGUUGUGGACUAUGAAACACAAAUCAAAGAGGUGCGUUGUCAGUUGGUGGACCAGUUGAAGGUGUUGGAUCUGCAGUUGGAGCAGAAAUCUCAGCAGCUUCAGGACCUCACAGACUACCUGCGUAGACGCAGUGAGAUAGAAGGGGAGUACGCACGCUCGCUGGACAAACUGGCUGAGAGGUUUACCUCCAAAAUCAAAAGGAAGGAGCCUUGCAGUGGUCAGUCUGUGGCCCAGUGUUGGCUGGUCCUGCUGGCUCAGACCAGACAGGAGAGCAAAGACCACAGUGGUGUGAGUGACAGCUGUAGCACUACCCUCACCCAGCCCCUCACACACUGUCUGGAGAUCACUCAGCGCAUGGCCAAGAGGACUAAAGAUGUCUGUAGUCAGUUACAGGAUGGGUUGUUGAAGGUCACCACAGAGCUACAGACAGCGUGGCGUACCUACUACCAGUACCACUCAGAGUAUGAGUCUGCAGAGGGAAAGCUGAAGGAAGCAGAGAAACAGAAGCAAGGAGCUUCUAAAAAGAUUGAGAAAAGACAGUGUAAAGUGCAGGAGAUCCAGCUGAAGUGCACUAAGGCUCGUAAUGACUACCUUCUCAACCUGGCUGCAGCCAACACUUCCAUGAACAAGUACUAUCUUCAAGACCUCUCCUCACUCAUGGACUGUUCAGAUGUGGGCUACCACCUGUCUCUGUCCCGUGUGCUGCGGUCCUACCUGUCCAGCCGCUCCCUGGCCCAGCAGAACCUGAGUGGAGGGCUGCAGCAGCUCCACACUGUUGUGUCUGGACUGGACCAGAUUCAGGACAGAGACAACCUGCUACAGACUCACACCAACACCUUCUGUCUGCCCCUCCGCUUCCACUACCAGCCACACGAGGGAGACCAGGUGUGUGAGGUGAGUGCGGAACAGGAGAUUAGGUGUGAGAUGGAGACCAGGUUACAACAGUUGCAGUCAAAACUCACCGGGUUCACUCAGGAAACGGAGGAGGCAGGUAAAACGCUCCAGGCGGCCCGCUCUGCCCUGAUGGAAGGUAUCAGUGAUGAUGACCUAGAUCCUCCACCCUCCAACAGCCAGACCCAGGGCUCCCUGCUCCAUCUCCAGUCCCCGUCUCAGAGCCAAGGUCAGGGGGGAAGCAGUGAGAGCCUGGCCAGCAGUAGCAGACCCAGUCUGGCCAGACGGAGAGCCAACCUGCAGGAGACUGAGGCACUCUACUAUGCUAAAUUGAAGGAGUAUCUCUGUAAAAGCUCUCUGAUAUCCAAACUACAGGCGAAACAUGAUCUGCUUAAAGUGGCAGUUGAGAAAGCUGAAGCAACCACUGGUCAUCAGCCCAGGAAGUCAGUGCGUGUGAGAAGCAAGAGUCAACCCAGCGUCCAGUUCACCCACAAACUCUUCACCGGAGACAUGCUCUCCUUCAUACAGGCAUCAGGACAGGAGAUACCAGUUGUGGUGGAAAGCUGCAUUCGCUUCAUCAACCUUAACGGUCUCCACCAUGAGGGUAUCUUCAGAGUACCAGGGUCUCAGGGGAAGGUCAACAGUCUGAGAGAUGCCUUUGAGCGAGGAGAGGACCCUGUAGCAGACAGCAGGUGUGACUUGGACUCAGUAGCAGGAGUACUGAAACUCUACUUUAGAACCCUGGCGAACCCUCUGUUUCCUCAAGACAGUACCGCUCAGCUCCUGGAGUACGCACAGAUUGACAACGACACAGAGAGAGAAGUUAAACUCAAAUCAGUCAUCUCCUCCUAUCCUCCACCUGUCAUCAUCGUCAUGAGAUACCUCUUUGCAUUCCUCCAUCAUGUGUCUCAGUACAGCGAUGAGAACAUGAUGCAGCCCUAUAAUCUGGCUGUGUGCUUCGGCCCUAGUCUGUUACGAGGGGCGCAGGAUGAUGAUGUCGUUACCCUGCAGCCUCAGAUCAACUCCCUGGUGAAGAGCAUCAUCUUGCAGCAUGAGAGCAUCUUCCCCAGCCCGGCCGAGCUACAGGGACCGGUGUAUGAGAAAUGCAUGACGCUGGAGCAAGACGAUUGUGAGGAGGGAGAAGGGGAUUCAGAACAUCACAGUAAAGAAGAGUCCGAGUGGAAGGGAGAGCGAUCUCAAGCCAACAGCAGCUGCAGUUCAAGACAGCCCCCAUUAGGGGGCACUGUGACCCCAGCAGGAAAGUUCACUUUACAGUUCCCAAUGACCCCACAGGGAUGGCCCCUCUCCCCUGGAUACAUAAGCAAAGAAGCCCAGGACCUGUCGUCCAGUGAAGACAUAACAGUUCAGGUUGACAAGGAGGUCUGCCGCCAGAUGAACUCUGUCUUCAAGGAGCUUCUCUCUCGACAAUCUCUCCCUCCCGACUCCUCCACCUCCUCCCACCCUCCGCCACAGCAGAAGAAAGGAGGGAUCGGGUGGAGAAGGGAAAAGCCUGUUUAGAUCAGGCCAACUGGACCGACAGAAAGCGAAAGGGGACCCGAAUUAAUGGAUGGAUGGAUGGAUGAAUGGAUGAAUGAAUAAAUAAAUGAAUGAGGAAAUGAACGGGAGAGAGACGAGACUCAGAC